GCCGUUUCGUUUAUGUAUUUAAAAGUGAAAAUAAAAAAAUGUUUAUAAAACAAAAUAUUUACUUAGUUUUGAUUUUUUUGAGUAAACAAUUUUGGUUUUCCACAGCGCAGUACGAAAAAUGGAGUAACAAGGACUUACAUGGAAAAUGUGAACAUGCCUACAACAGGUCUUAGUGAAUAAGCAGAAUUAAUUUUAAUUACAUUCGUGAUUGUGUACUUCAGAAGUCAGGAAUAAUUGAAGUCAGAAUUAUUUUGUCAACUUGAAAUUCGGAAACAAUUAAAAGCCUGUGGUCUAAAAAACAAUUGAAUACUUGAUUUGUAACAUUUAAUGCAGUAGAUGUCAGGGUUUGAUUACUGAUCAAUACAGUGAAGAAAUGGGUAUCAUUUUUGAGCAUGCAAUUGAAGUAGCUAAUGGCGAAUUAAAAAUACCUCUGGAAGCUACAAAAGAGGAAGUGAAUUACGGAGAUUCCUUUCAAGCUUAUGGUAUAUUAUGUAAACUAUUACAGAAUGGUGUAGGUGGAAUUUUUGGGCCCUCUUCUAAACACACUGCUAGACACUUGACCACGAUUUGUGAUGCCAAAGAUGUGCCCUAUUUUUUUUCUGAAAUGAAUGAAAACCCAGAGGCUUUCAACUUAUAUCCCCAUCCUAUGGACUUUUCAAAAGCUUUAUAUUUUUUACUCACUACCUACAAGUGGUCCCGUUUUAUAUUUUUAUAUGAGUCUGUUGAAUACCUCAAUAUACUAAAUGGCCUCCAGUCAUUAUACGGCAAUAAUAGUACAACUAUAACGGUUUUGCGUUACGACAUAGAGAUGAACAACAAUUAUAAGUCUGUUUUAAGGCGUGUGAAAAAAUCAGGGGAUAAUUGCAUCGUAGUUACCGGCUCUUCCGAUACAAUGCCAGAGUUUUUAAAACAGGCUCAACAAGUUGGCAUUAUAAAUAAGGACUAUAAGUACAUUAUAGCAAAUUUAGAUUUCCACGCUUUUGAUCUCGAAGAAUAUAAAUAUACAGAAGCUAACAUUACAAGCUUUAGAUUGUUUUCCCCGGAACAGAAAGCCGUUCAAGAAAUUUUGGAAAAAAUGGGUCAAAAAUCUUCGUCAGAAAAUUUAAGAAAUGGGUCCUGUCCAAUAACUGUUUCCAUGGCCUUAACAUAUGAUUCGGUUCAACUAUUCGCGGAAACUACAAAACAUCUCAGAGUACGAAAUGUGCCUUUGAACUGUAGCGACCGUAGUGAAAGCGUUCUAGAUGAUGGAUCUACUUUUAAAAAUUAUAUGAGAACGCUGAAAUUGGCGAAAAGAACAUUAACUGGACCGAUAUAUUUUGAUGGCAACGUACGGAAAGGAUAUGCUUUAGAUAUAAUUGAAUUACAUCCAUCUGGAAUAAUGAAAAUUGGUACUUGGAACGACUAUUCAAAUUUAACCAUACAACGCGUAGCGCAGACAAACUCUGUCAUUGACAACGUCGACAAUUCACUGGUCAACCAAACAUUUACUAUAUUAUUGAAUGUACCGAACGAACCUUAUGCUAGUUUAGUAGAGAGCUUUGAAAAACUAGAAGGAAAUAGCCAGUAUCAUGGUUAUGGCGUUGAUCUUAUAAAAGAACUCGCACAAAAGCUAGGCUUUAACUAUGUUUUAAAAAAUGGUGGCAACGAUUACGGAUCUUACAAUGCUACUACAAAUACGACAACUGGAAUGUUAAAAGAAAUUAUUGACAAAAGAGCACAUUUAGCUAUAACAGAUUUGACAAUAACAGCUGCACGUCAGGAAGUGGUCGAUUUCUCCAUACCCUUCAUGAAUUUGGGUAUAGCAAUUAUACACGUAGAGCCACAAAAAGAAACGCAAGCAUAUUUUAAAUUUAUGGAUCCAUUUUCAAACGGUGUGUGGUGGCUUUUGGGGCUUUCAUUCCUUUUAGUUUCAUUCAGUUUUUUUAUAUUGGGACGCCUUUCGCCCUCCGAAUGGGAUAAUCCUCAUCCCUGCAUUGAAGAACCAACGGAAUUAGUAAAUCAAUUUACUAUAGGAAACUCGCUGUGGUUUACAACGGGAGCUCUCCUGCAACAAGGUUCGGAAAUGGAACCAAAAGCCAUUUCAACUCGCACCGUGGCUUCUAUUUGGUGGUUUUUCACUUUGCUAAUGGUUUCAUCGUACACCGCAAACUUGGCCGCUUUUUUAACUAUUGAAAAGCCAACUAUUCUUAUUAACUCUAUAGACGAUCUAGUUGAACACAAACAUGGUGUAGUAUAUGGUGCAAAAAAGAUGGGUUCAACGAGAGAGUUUUUCGAGAAAUCUGAGGAUUCUCGGUAUAAGAAAAUGAACAAGUUCAUGAAUGAACAUCCUGAAUAUUUGACAGAAACCAAUAUGGAUGGGGUCAAGCGCGUAAGCAUGACGUAUGCAUUCUUAAUGGAAUCCACUUCAAUUGAAUACCAUACAAUGCGGAUGUGCAAUUUGAGUAAAAUUGGAAAUACGUUGGACGAAAAAGGAUAUGGCAUAGCAAUGAGAAAAAAUUGGGAAUUUCGUGAUAAAUUUAACAACGCACUGCUUGAAUUGCAAGAACAGGGCACAUUAGAGAAAAUGAAGAAUAAAUGGUGGAAUGAAAUGGGCGCCGGCAUUUGCACAUCCGGUAAACAACGGAGUGAAGAAACCGAGCUACAAAUGAAAAAUUUGAUAGGUAUUUACAUAGUUUUGGGAGUAGGAAGUGGCCUGGCAUUUGUUUAUGGAAUAGUUAGCUGGUUUUUUUACAUCCGCACAAAGGCGAAGCAUUAUCACUUGUCCAUGAAAGAAGUGUUUCUAGAAGAAUUCAAAUUUGCGCUCGAUUUUAACAGUCAUACCCGAAUUCUUAAAAAUACUGCUUCAAUAUAUUCUCGCGGACGUAAUUCACUUCCAACUGAUUCAUCUAAGGAAGAGCAAAAAUCACUACAGCAUUAAUUUUUUGUAAAUCAUAUAAUCAUAUAUUGUAUUUAUAUUUUAAUAAAUAAAUAAAACAAUGAAUAUCUAAAAAAUACUUUCCUGAAUAUUACACAUGGGUAUUAUAAUCAUGUAUAUAAUAUAAUAAGUCUAAAAACCUGUAUAUCAGAGACUCGACAAUUUGAGUGGACUAAGUUUUUAAUUAUGGCCAGUUGUUAGUUCUCCAUAACAAAACAUGAAUA